GUGUGUGUGUGCGUGUGUUUGUGUGUGUGUGUGUGUGUGUGUGUGUGUGUGUGCGUGUGGGUGUGUGUACAUGUUGUGAGGCUCCCUACUCUACCGCAGGGAGCGCGGUUGAAUCAGCGAGCCUCCGCCUCCGUCUCCGUCGGAUCUCCUCUUCCUGCCGUCACACCCACACACUGCUCUGCUCGGUGUGGUGGGUUCACCCGGAGAGAGGAGAGAGGAGAGAGGAGGGAGGACCGACAGCAGAGUGCUGCAGUGAGAGCGCAGCGGGGGACUCGGGAGCAGAGAGAGAGAGAGAGAGAGAGAAAACACACACACACACAUACACACACACGCAUCAAGCAGUGUUAUUGCCGAACAACUUGUGUCUAUGGAGAGAUCUGCAGCGACGCCGCCGUAGCGACGCAGGCCGACAUGGAAGAGUAUCUGCGGAGCGUCCAGAGCAGACUCGGGGCAGAUGCAUUAGAGGAUCCCAUCCACGCUGUUUUAGGCGGACCGGAGCCAGAUGUUGACACUGUGGCCGCAACACUGUGCAUAGCACUACACCUCAGCCAGAAGGAAACGUCCGGUGGGGUGUGUGUGCCGGUGCUCUGGCGCCGGCGAUGUGACACUGUGUUGCCCGGGGAGACGGUGAGGUUUCUGAGGAGGGUGAAAAUUUGUGAGAGCUCGCUGCUGUGGAGAGAGGAUGUAGACCUCGUGAAGCUUCAUCACACCGGAAAACUCUCGCUCACACUGCUGAGAGAUGGACUACUGGAUAGCUAUGAGUACCACACUUUGGAGUCCAGCAUCCAGCGAGUGGUCCAUCACGACGGGCAGCAGGACGCAGGGGAUGAUGGGGCAUCGUCCGCGGUGACGACAGUCGCCGGGGAGAUUCUUCAAGAGGCAGCAGAGCACAUCGGAGCAGCGCUGGGGGAGACUCUCGGAGAGGCCUUGCGGCUGCAAAGUGAAGCUUUGUGGAUCAAACAUGGCCGCCGGUCAGCACAACUGGAGGAGCUCAUGAGAUCAUUGGAGCAAUGGUGUGAUGUCACUGCAGGUCAACAUGAUGAGGCAAAGCCACAAGACUUGGAGCAGCUGCUGACUCUGGACCUGAAGGAGUUUUCUGAUGGAGAGAUGACCAUAGCACUCACUUCAGUGACCACAUAUAAGGAGGACUGGCAUGGUUAUGUGGAUGGGCUGAAAUCAUUCAGCCAUCGUCAUGGCUACGAUGGUCUGGUGGUUCUCCUAUCCAUCAAUGAUACAGUUCAUCAUCCCCGCCAGCAGGUGGCAGUCUACUCAAACAACACAGAUCUCCUAAACCAGAUCUGCUGUGAGUUGGAGGAGUCUUCCAGCUGGUCUCUAUCUGGUGAACUGGAGGCCAGGGAGAGUCUCCAGGUCUACCACAUUCCUAUAAACACCUACUCAACUUCUGGUACUCCUCCUCUGCUGGUGGAAGAAAUAAAGGGCCUCCUCAAGGUCUUUGUUGACCGGCGGAGCUCUGUAUUAGCCUGCCACCCCAGCAGUAGGACCUCUUCAACAGAGGGAGUGGCAGGCAGUGUGGAGUUCUCCCAGGGAUCAUCUGGUAUCAAUGACAUGGAUGGCUCUGACAUAGAGAGGGCCGAGGGAGGCAGUGGAGAUGUGGUGCCAGUAGCAAGGGUGAUGGCAGAGGGUGAUGAAGACACAGGUGGUGUAGGAGUUGGUGCUGGUGGGGAGCUCGUGAGCCCUGACAGUGGAAUGACCACCAUCCGCAGCAGCCGCUCCUCAAAGGAGAGCUCAGUAUUCCUCAGUGAUGAAAGCCCAGUCGGUGAAGUUGUAGCAGGAGGAGGGCCGGCAGCUGGGCCUGGAGGAAUCUUCCUGAGAAACCCCUCUCCCCUAGGAUUGUUAUCCCUGUCCCCUCCUGUUCCACCUGAGAGGAAGAAGCCCCACUCUGGCAGAAAUAAGAGUGAAAACUUUGACCUGUUUAGUUUUGACCCACUACAUGGCGGUGACCAAUCUAUGCCAACAAGAGGGGAAUUGGCAAAUUCUGGGCUAAGAGGAAGUGAAGGAGAAAGAAGAGCAGCGAGCACUAGCUUAUCAGAAUUUGAAGAGCUGAGCUUGCUGGAUUUCUCUGCUCCCAAUUCAUUGGGUGGGCUUGACAGUAGAAAUUCUUCAAUUGACCACCAUGGCCAAAUCCAUGGGAAUGACAUGAUUGACACUGUGGUUCCUCCAACCCCAGUCAACAGCGUGGUAGGUAGCCGCCCACCCAGCAGUUGCGGGGUCAGGUUUUUUCCAGAAGAUGUAGUUGAAAGGAUCAAUGGCCUGCAGCACAAGGAUAGUGUGUCAUCGUCAUUGUCAGAGACCUGGGAUGAACUUGGCUUUGACACACAAGGAGCAUUAUCCUCAAGUGAUAAUAAUGCCUGGAAUAGGACCAGGGAAUCUGAGAGCCCGCAGAAUAUUGUGGAGGAAGUUAGAGAGAAAGAGUCAGUGGAUGAUAUGACAGACCGAGACAGCAGAGAGGAGAUCUUAAAGUCAGAGAAUGCCCACCGGAGGGGAAAGACCCUCGAACCCCAGCUUAGCGUGAUCACUGAUCAGACUGAAUCAUACGACACCUGGAACCAAGAUUCUGUACACAAGGAUCAAUGGAACCCAGCUUCUUUGGCUUAUCUGCAAUUGACACCACCAGAGGAGGAAGAAACUGGAAAAUGCAGGGCUGGUAUCACUGGACUGAAAGAAAAAACAUCUGCAUUGUUGCGAAAGAUAGCAAUCAUAAACACUUUAACACCAGACACAUCUAAAGAAGAGGACGAAGGGGUACAAGGGAAAAAAGAAGAAACACAGGUGGAGCUCCUAGACUUCUGGACGUAUUCAGCUCAGAAGGGAUUUCUCGAAUCAGAUAGCGGAACCACCACAUCUUACCCUGAAUCACUAGAUAUGUGGAAUAUGACAAUCCGCGAUGACAGUCUAUCACCUCUCACGACCCCUGACAACUUGUCUGGAAACUCAGGUUCUUUCAGUGGGGUGAACCCCAAUGUUGAAGCUGGCACGUCUGUAGAAAGUCCACCAGGAUUCCCUCAUGGUGGAAUGGUGAUGUGGAACACCACUAUACAGGAAGACAGCUCUUCCACAAUAACAAGCCCUGAAGGAGCUGAAAAUGGAAAGGACCUCAGUCACAUGGGAUCACUGGAUACCAGUGAUUCUCCCGAGACACCUGCAAGCAAACCAGUAGAAGAAGGAGAAGAUAUAGAGGAGGAGACACCUGAAGAAGUGCGGUGGAGUGGUUAUGAACACAAUGUGAAAAUAGUCAUAGAGGCAGCAGAAGGUAGAACAGAGGGUGAAGAAUCAGGUGACGAUGACAUACAGAGUUUUCAGAGCCAACAGUCUGUCUUGCAGAACGUGACAUCCGAACAUUCAGAAGAUGAGACUUCCUCCUACCAAGGCACUGACAUGUGGGACCUACCUGUCCCUGGCAUGGUCAGCUCUACUUCAGAAUAUGACAAUGUAGGAGCUGGCACUUGGAGCCUGACGUCCUCCCCUGAGACCUACGCCAGCCCCGUAGUAGACAUGAUACAACUAGAGGAGCAGUCUAGCCCUUUUGUAGCUGUGACGAAACCUUUUCAGAUAGAUGAGAGGCACAGUCAAUACCAGACAGCUGAUCCUCUGGGAAAGACUGAAUACAGAGCAGUGAUUUCAGACAAAGAACAGCCAACCAACCAGGUGUUUCUUUUUGAGGGAACUAGUGAGAUGGGUCACAUGAUCAGCAGCGGGGUAAGUUCAAUUGAGACUAAGUACGAUAUCAAAAGUGGAGAAGAAUCAGAGGAAGACAAUUGGGUAGAGCAACCCAGUGAUCAUUCCCCAUUUGUUCUGGUGGACAGCUCCCUUGUCACUCAGACCACUUCAGCCAAUUAUCAUUCAAGUCCAGGAGAAGCUGCUGAGACUCAAAUCCAAACUGACCAAUCAUUAUCCCCAAGCCUUGUUGAGUGGGACAGUCUUGUUUCCAAGAAACAUGAUCUGUCAUUCACAAUGGCCCAAAAUGAAUAUGGGCCUGCCGCUGAAAGCCAGGGUGGUCCUGACAAUGAGAGCAUUGGAAACGUGAUGGGUAAAACAACAGAAACCAUGUCUCUAAGCUCCAGCUCUGGGGGGGAUAGAGACACAAUGAAGUAUAGCCCCGACAGCCUUCACCCAGGUAGUCGAGACGAACUCAGGUCCAAUUCUGAUGGAGAUUCAUCAUCAGGCUUAGAAAUGGAUUACAUCGUUGUGUCUGGCACGGUAAAAGAAGAUGAGAGAGAGUGGCGUGAUAGGCCUAAACCGGUUGAUAGGCAAUCAAAAGGUACAAGAAAGUCCAUGGAGACGUUCAGCAUGCUAUCCUAUGCUGCCACAGUACUGCAAAUCCAGGCUCAAGCUGCAAAAAGAGAGCGGCAGGAGAACACAGAACAAAGUAGGCAAAACCAGAUGAUCAGAGGUACUGACAGUACACUUAGCAAUGUAACAGAGCAAAGUCAAGCUGUCUUAUGCACUGAUUACCAAGGAAGUCUUGAUAAUGUCACCGAUCAUCACAUGGUGCAAGAAAUGAUCAGUCCCAGCCAAUCAAGAAAUAACUCUGACGCUUUUCAUCAGUCCGAUUCAAGGCCAACAGGUGGCAGUCAAACACAGGUAGAAGAAGGAAACGAUAAAUCAAGCAUUGUGGCCAGAAGUGUGUCUCCAUCAUUAAGAUAUCCGUCAGAUCACUUCCUGAAAACCAGAGAGGAAGUUUAUGUCCAUUCACAGAUCUCAAUGGAAGACUCAGAUGAGGGUGGGCAGUCACCCUCUGCACCUCCACCAUGUCCUACUUCUUUGAGCGACUUUCAAGUCUGGGAGGGUCAGUUAGCGAGACAGGACGCACCGCAAAUCACGUCUGAACCACAAUCACCUGUAUUCACCAACAGUUCAGUCUCCCACACCAGCUCUUUGAUUGGCACCCCAAUAAGUGAAUCUGGUAUUUCUACUGACAGAGGACUUGGAUUACCAUUUUCUGGAGAUUUGAUGGAAGAGGAGAAUGAUGAGGAAGAGCAGGAGGAGGGAACUGAUAGAGAGCACACUACCCUGCCAAAAUGGACUUCAGAAGUAGAAAGUGAGAGGGAAGAAAGACAACAGUUAGGAUGUUCUGAUCUGCUAAGUUUCACUGAGGAGCUGGUUGGAGGUUCUUCAUUUCAACAAACAGAUUUACAAACACUCGAGCCACAUAGGGACAGAUUCCUACAGAAUACAGUGGAUUACUAUAAUGGACAACCUUCACAGACUGUUGAUCGUGAUAAAUGGUCGACUGAACAACAGAUUGGAAACCAUGAAUCUUCUCAAGAUAGCUAUUCACCUGUUUUAAGAAGACACCAAGAAGUGACAUCACAGCUUUCCUCCCAGCCAACCAACGAGAACGCUGCAUACCUGUGGACAGGAAGCGAGAAUGUAACUCAGGGUCAAACCCAAUAUGGCUACAACUACCACCACAUUGACCAAAGAACUGAAAACCAGAGCGCCCACCCAGCCUGUGUACAUGCUAAAUCCAACAGCCAACAAAACACCACAGAUGUCUAUGCUGAGUUUACAACUGAGGCCACAGCUGAACCGUACGGAUCUGAGCAGACUGAGAGCUAUUAUGAACCUGGAGGUAAUGCAGAGUACAGCUUGGAUGAUCAAGCUUCCAAGUUUCAAUAUAUAGCUGAAAGCCAGUAUGGAGAUGACUCCAUGUGCGCCCAGUAUCAAGCUGAUGACCAGAGUCAGUAUGAGUCAGACCACGCUCAUUACCAGUUUGACGGGCAGCCAAUCUACCAAUCACAUGUCCACCCUGAGAGGGAAGAUCAUGCGCAGUAUGUGCCGGAGGGAUAUGUUCACUUUCUCCUCUCAAGACACUCCCAACAGGGAGACGGUGCCACAGGGAUGAUGAUGAAGAUGGCCUCCAGUGAGGAGGCAGCUGAGGAGAUGGAUAACAGAGAAGAUCCACCCUCCUCUGCGGAUCUGUCAGGCGGGUCCAAUCAACGGAGAAAGUUGGCUGCUCCACCAAUGAAUGUGUCACUAGACCGCAGCGAGGGGUCUCUUCUCUCAGAAGACGCCCUGGACACAGAGGACGAGGCCUUGGACACUGGUGAUGACCUUGAUGUCAAUAUAGAUGAGCUGGACACGCCUGAUGAGGCCGACGAGUUCAACAGACACGGAGACUCAGAAGAGUCUGAUCUGGGUGCAGCAGCGGCAGCAUCAAGUGAUGCAGCGGCAGAACACAGCAGAGCAGCUGAGGAGAGCAGGGAGAACAGGCUGUGGAGGAGCGUGGUGAUUGGAGAGCAGGAGCAUCGCAUUGAUAUGAAGUGCAUUGAGCCAUACAAAAGAGUCAUUUCUCAUGGAGGUUAUUACGCUGAACAGAAUGCCAUCAUCGUGUUUGCAGCAUGCUUCCUACCAGACAGCGACUGUGACAAUUACAAUUAUGUAAUGGAAAACCUUUUUCUGUAUGUAAUAAGUACGUUGGAACUAAUGGUGGCAGAAGAUUACAUGAUUGUUUACCUGAAUGGCGCCACACCUCGCAGGAGGAUGCCCGGCUUUACCUGGAUGAAAAAGUGCUACCAAAUGAUAGACAGAAGACUGAAGAAAAACCUUAAGAUGUUCAUCAUUGUCCAUCCUUCCUGGUUCAUACGGACUUUGCUGGGAAUCACCAGACCCUUCAUAAGCUCCAAGUUCAGCAGCAAGAUCAAGUACGUAAACAGUCUGCAGGAGCUUGGAGAAAUCAUCCCAAUGGAGUAUGUCCACAUUCCACCCAGCAUUGUAAAGUAUGACGAGGAGAGGGGUAUACACAAAUUUGCAUGCAUGAGAGCCGACAGGAAGGGGAGCUCUUUUGUUUGACAGUUACAAGACGCCUGGCUGCUGCCUAUCUUCUCCCUGCACUAUGCUGUACUCCACCGCGGCAUAUCUGAAUAUAAGCCAGCCUGCAGCAUGAUGUGUGCGGCACAUAGUUGUUACACCAACAACUAGCAAUGGGUUAAAAAGGAAGAUGCUGUGGUGCAAAUCAUCAGGCAGUUCAUUGAGGAGGGUGCUGAACAUAAUACUGUAUUUACAGUGCAGAGACUGACACUGUGCUGAAGGGAAGAUGCUUUAUCCUGUAUUACUGUACAUUACACAGCACUUGAUUGUGUCCCCCCAUUCUGAAGCUUUUGUUUUCUUUGACUUAAUUUUUCAUUUUACUUUGAUUCUCAUGUAAUUCACAUUGGAGGAAUUACUAACUGGCUUUUUACAUUCAUGUAUUAAUCUAUACCCUGUCAGUAACCCAUGGUAAUAAUAAGUGUGGAUUCUCUGAUGACUCUUUCACCUAAUAACUAAACACAUAAGUUGCAAUACAGCCCAUCUGCUCACAAAUAAACACUUGUGUUUCGUUUAUUUGGGAUGUUACUGUGUUGUAGCUCUGUCAAUAGACUGUAAUGUUAAGGGAUACUCUAGUUCAGGUGUGUCAGACUCAGUCUCACUACGGGCCACACUAGGAAUUGAGAAUCACAAUAAGGGCCGGACAUAUGUAUAGUUUUUUGACAUGCUUUUUUUAAUCGAAACAAAAUAGAAAUACAAUGUCCUCUCACAAUUUACUCCAUAAAGCCCGAAAAAAAAGUCAACAAAGUUGCUUAGCAUUUAGUUGAGCAUGCAUUCUUAAUACAUUUUUACAAGUAGGCUACAGCCAACUCACAACAACCUGUUUCACAGCCCUGAAUAUGACAACUCAAUGGUUGUGUGGGGCAUUUAAUAAAAAAAUUAAAGUAAAAGAUCUUUGAUCAUGUAGUUUACAUGUCCCAAUCUGCCUAGCCUUCUGGCAUGGAAUCAGUUGCACAUAAAACCCUAAAGAUGUGCCAUUCUGUAGCUUGCAGACAGUAGAGGCACGCAUGUGUGUAUGGUGUAGCUACGGGGAACGCGCUGCUGUGCAGACAAUAGGUGAGCUAAACUUUAUUGAGAACCUAAAUUGAUAUGGGGGGUCAAAAUUUGCGAGGGGCCGGAUUUGGCCAGUGGGCCUUGAGUUUGACACAUGUGAGUUAGACUGUAAUUUUACGUAGUCAAAGUUUACAAAAUCCACACUCAAAGGUAUCUUUGUACUGUACAGGUCUGUUUUGUUUGUAAUGGCAUGAAACAGAAUGGCCAAGCCGGUUUUUGAGUAGUUUCUGAUGAUGUGAGGGACUCCUGUGGAUUUUUUUUUUAUGUCGACAGCUCACUCAACAGCUCAUACAAUCUUUAAAAGGCUACAAUUUGGCUGUUAACACUGUAUGUCACUGUGAAAGUACUUGCUACAUUAUUUAAUGGCGAGAGCGGAGAGCUCAGUGCACUGCAACAUGUGCAAAAAGACAAAACACGAGCAAAUUCAGAAUACAUGAAUUUAUCAACACAUGAGCAGCGAAAUGAGAAAAAACAAGUAAACACAAAUAUGCUGCAAACAUAGAAACAAGCUACAGAUUUCAGCAAAGUUUUCUGUAUUUGCUCGUGUUUUCUGUUUUUGCAGGGCGUUUCUGAAUCUGUAUGUUUUGUCUACAUGUGUUAUCUUAAGUUGCAGUGUGUUGAGCUCUCAGGGCCACCGUAGUUAUCAGUAGCUGUGUUGCAUGCUUUCAGUUGCUACAGUUUGAAAUUACUCUGAUAUCUGAUUACUCAGCCAAAAGCAGAAUUGUGUACCAAUGUAAUUUUAGUCCUGUUUGUCUUGGUUGUGUGUGUGUGUGUGUGUGUGUGUGUGCGUGUGUGUGUGUGUGUGUGUGUGUGUGUGUGUGUGUGUGUGUGAGAUUGUGAGAUUGUUGGAGUGAUGAAGAGUGAUGGUUAGAGUGGUACAGUAUAGAGAGGGCGUACUGUGCAGGUUGAGGUGUGUCUAUUUUAUUUGCUUUUUCUUAUAUUUGUAUGCAUUUAUUUGUGGCUUGCAUUUAUUGUAAAAUAUGUCAAAUGUUUUACUUCAAUAAAGAUGUGUACCUCCUCA